ACACCAACCCAAGAGCAGGCUAAGAGACUGCAGAAGGUAAUAUGUUAUACACCAACCCAAGAGCAGGCUAAGAGACUGCAGAAGGCAAUAUGUUAUACACCAACCCAAGAGCAGGCUAAGAGACUGCAGAAGGUAAUAUGUUAUACACCAACCCAAGAGCAGGCUAAGAGACUGCAGAAGGCAAUAUGUUAUACACCAACCCAAGAGCAGGCUAAGAGACUGCAGAAGGUAAUAUGUUAUACACCAACCCAAGAGCAGGCUAAGAGACUGCAGAAGGUAAUAUGUUAUACACCAACCCAAGAGCAGGCUAAGAGACUGCAGAAGGCAAUAUGUUAUACACGAACCCAAGAGCAGGCUAAGAGACUGCAGAAGGCAAUAUGUUAUACACCAACUCAAGAGCAGGCUAAGAGACUGCAGAAGGUAAUAUGUUAUACACCAACCCAAGAGCAGGCUAAGAGAGUGCAGAAGGCAAUAUGUUAUACACCAACCCAAGAGCAGGCGAAGAGACUGCAGAAGGCAAUAUGUUAUACACCAACUCAAGAGCAGGCUAAGAGACUGCAGAAGGUAAUAUGUUAUACACCAACCCAAGAGCAGGCUAAGAGAGUGCAGAAGGUAAGGGGUUUGUAAAAAGGGGUUGACACCCAGAGAGACCUGCGCCCCGCUUUUGUGCAGAGAGAAAAAAAUGAUUUAUUGCCACGCGAGUGGUUCAACCAGAGUUCACUGAGAAUUGUGACGUUUGCGCGCGGAGGAGAUAAAUUAUUGUCUUGCUGAGCUAGUAUAUCACAGAUUCUAUAUCCAACAGGCUACAGGCGAGUAAGUGUGCUCAACGGUUUGAGGCAAAGAAAACAAACGGAAUGUAAUUACUUUAGGCCUGAUUUCUCCUCUCCAGAUUACAGGACUGCCUGAUGCUACAGGUAUACAAGAUGAUGGUGAUGAUUUAAUAAUAAUAGCGUUACGCUCAUAAUUAUCAUAUUAAUCAUAAUGCCAAUAGUGUACAUCUAAAUGGAUCAUUUGUGAAGGAAAUUAAAAAGUGCAUUAAAUGCACAUGAACCUCAAAUAAACCUAUCGAGUUGGGUUAUUAGUAUAAUUUACCAAUGUUUUAAUUUAUCCCAGGUUAUGGAAUGAAUCUUCUCGCAUUCAAUGCACACUCCAACCAAGUCAUAUUUCAUGUAAACUGCACCAAUGUCGGACCUGUUUUGUGCAUAAUGAAUGCCUCUGACAAGAUCUGUGACAGCAAUUCACUGAACUCUAAAUAACAAAAGUUCUUAAAACAAGAUUGAUUUUGGAAGAACAAUUGGAACGGGUAAGAAAAAGUUGAGAUUUCUGCUCUUCACUUCGUUGUCAGGUUAGCCUAAAUUUCACUGAUCUUAGUAGCAGAAGGCAUUUUUGUCUGCAGUUUUCGGUUUGGCUAUUUGUUUCAAGUGUAUGUGGCGGUUAUAGCUUGUAUAGUGCCUGCGCCCGCCCAUGUCGUCCGUACCUAAAUCCGCUACUGGUUUGUAUUAGUUUAUGAAUGAAUGUCUUUGCCAAUAUUCGUCAUCUCUCCCAUGUCUUAUUCGACUGGUAAGGAUAAUAAUUCAGCCAGUUGUUCUGAAAUGUUUAUUGCUUGCCAACAUUUUAUUCCCUCCUCUAUGUUUAAUAUAACACACAUACAUUAAUUAUUCAUUUCGGUUGCAUAUCCUGAUGUGAAGUUUGUUCUAUAGAAAGUAUUUUACUCUGACGUGUGCCACAGAAAGUAUUUGACUCUAGCCACAAAAUUAAGGAAAUUAGAAGGGGCACAAAACCGGAAAUUCCAUCUCUGCCCCUCAUGCUAUUCGUGUUGUUCUAUUGUAUUCUAAAUUAUUUCUUGUAUUUCCUUUGAUCAUUUGUGCUUACAAUGAUGAUAAAUAUGAGAUGAUCAUGUUGAUGUUAAAAUAACUUAUUGGAGUGAGGGUGUGAAGUGGGAAUGCAGCUUCAGGGAGUGAGGCUGCCCUUGUGGCGGGGCUAGGAGGAGGGUGAACGGAAGAGGGAUUAAAUCAGAGUGGUGCUGGAGAGGCUAAGACGUCUACUGGAGGAUUCUCUUCAACAGCGUUGUCGUAUAAUAUUAGAUAAAUAGAGGUACUGUAGGCUAUACUUGUAGUAAAAGGCCUAUAGAAUUGAAUCAGCUUUUUGAAAUAAAUGCAGUAGCCUAAUGACGGCAUUGGUCCAAUGUAUACGAGGGUCUAUGGCACUGCCAUGUUCAUUUGAGUUUGAUAUGUACACAUAUAUUUGGUGUAUAUUAAGCUAAUACUAUUUUACAUGAUUGCAUUAUUAUAAUAUAUUUUGUAAUAGCCUACAAGUUCAAAAAAUGUACCCUAACACACUUCGUUAGUAGCCUACACUGUAUUGCUUUAGUGUUAGCUUUGGGUUCAUAUGGCGACAGACAGUAUGUCAUUAUUCCACUACCUCUUUGUCUGUUCGUCCGUAUACCACACAUGUUUUAUCAAUCGAAAACGGCUCUGUAAUAUGAAUGUUGUUUGACAGAGCGAAAACAUCCAUGUUGCAAUUGAUUAGUGAACGCAGAUAAGCAGACAUUUGAGGUAAAAUUAAUAUUAUUUACGAUAUUCUUUUCAUUAUCUUUGUGUGGCAAUGGUUUUCAAAACCCCUUGUUUUACCACUUCCAUUUAGCAUAUGAAGUCGUUUGCUUAUAGGGAAGUAAUUACGCUAAUAACUCGGGUCUUGUCAUUCUUUGCAUUUUCAUACAACCAGCAGAAAUUGUAUGCAUAAUCACGUGCAAAUAGAAUAAAUAAAUAUACAAAAGUGAGUUUUAAGCCCAAGCAUUGUAGUCUAUAUCUGGAAGAUGUAAGAACACAAUUCACAAUGGUUUAUCAUCAUUUUUAAUAUAGUAAUGGCAGGGUAGCCUAGUGGUUAGAGUGUUGGACUAGUAACCGGAAGCUUGCGAGUUCAAACCCCCGAGCUGACAAGGUACAAAUCUGUCGUUCUGCCCCUGAACAGGCAGUUAACCCACUGUUCCCAGGCCGUCAUUGAAAAUAAGAAUGUGUUCUUAACUGACUUGCCUGGCUAAAUAAAAUAAAAUAUUUCAACAAACAUCACACUCAUAUUAUAAUUACACAUUCACGAAAAAUACACAUUCACUCAAAAAUAAUUUAAAAAAUAUUUUGUGAUAGCAUUGAUAUGAUCCAAGUAGCCUUACAUAUCAUUCCUUCAAAUAGGCUACUCAAUCAAUAGUUUCCAAUAAAGAGCAUUGCUAUAACGUACCAGGAAAGUUCAAGAAACGAAGUAACUUUAAUUGCGCUGGGUUUUCAUUCGAAUAUCUUCCCAAUUGUGGUAGGCCUACUCUGUAAAUAACAAAUAAAUCCUGUCUCUGACCUGUCUCUGUCCUGUCUCUGUCCCUGUCCUGUCUCUGUCCUGUCUCUGUCCCUGUCUAUGUCCUGUCUCUGUCCUGUCUCGGUCCUGUUUCUGUCCUGUCUCUGUCUCUGUCCUGUCCUGCCGCUGUCCUGUCGCUGUCCUGUCUCUGUCUCUGUCCUGUCUCUGUCCUGUCUCUGUCUUUGUCCUGUCUCUGUCCUGUCUCUGUCCCUGUCUCUCUCUCUGUCCUGUCUCUGUCUCUUUCCUAUCUCUGUCCUGUCUCUGUUUCUGUCUCUGUCUCUGUUCUGUCUCUGUUUUGUCUCUGUCUCUGUCCUGUCUCUGUCCUCUCUCUGUCCUGUCUCUAUCCUGUAUCUGUCCUGUCUCUAUCCUGUCUCUGUCUCUGUCCUGUCUCUGUCUCUGUCUCUGUCUCUGUCUCUGUCUCUGUCUCUGUCUCUGUCCUGUCUCUGUCUUGGUCCUGUCUCUGUCCCUGUCUCUGUCCUGUCUCUGUCUCUGUCCUAUCUCUGUCCUGUCUCUGUUUCUGUCCUGUCUCUGUCUCUGUCUCUGUCUCUGUCCUGUCUCUGUCCUGUCUCUGUCCUGUCUCUGUCCUGUCUCUGUCCCUGUCUCUCUCUCUCUGCCCUGUCUCUGUCUCUGUCCUAUCUCUGUCCUGUCUCUGUUUCUGUCCUGUCUCUGUCUCUGUCUCUGUCCUGUCUCUGUCCUGUCUCUGUCCUGUCUCUGUCCUGUCUCUGUCCCUGUCUCUCUCUCUCUGUCUCUGUCUCUGUCUCUGUUUUGUCUCUGUCUCUGUCCUGUCUCUGUCCUGUCUCUGUCCUGUCUCUAUCCUGUAUCUGUCCUGUCUCUGUCUCUGUCUCUGUCUCUGUCUCUGUCUCUGUCUCUGUCUUUGUCCUGUCUCUGUCCUGUCCCUGUCUCUGUGCUGUCUCUGUCUCUGUCCUGUCUCUGUUUCUGUCCUGUCUCUGUCCUGUCUCUGUCUCUGUCUUUGUCUCUGUCCUGUCUCUGUCCUGUGUCUGUCCUGUCUCUGUCCUGUCUCUGUCCUGUAUCUGUCUCUGUCCUGUCUCUGUCCUGUCUCUGUCUCUGUCCCAUCUCUGUCCUGUCUCUGUCCCGUCUCUGUCUCUGUCCCAUCUCUGUCCUGUCCCAUCUCUGUCUCUGUCCCGUCUCUGUCUCUGUCUCUGUCUCUGUUUCUGUCCUGUCUCUGUCCUGUCUCUGUCCUGUCUCUGUCUCUGUCUCUGUCUCUGUCUGUCCUGUCUCUGUCCUGUCUCUAUCCUGUAUCUGUCCUGUAUCUGUCUCUGUCCUGUCUCUGUCCUGUCUCUGUCUCUGUCCCAUCUCUGUCCUGUCUCUGUCCUGUCUCUGUCCCGUCUCUGUCUCUGUCCCAUCUCUGUCCUGUCCCGUCUCUGUCUCUGUCCCGUCUCUGUCUCUGUCCCAUCUCUGUCCUGUCCCGUCUCUGUCUCUGUCCCAUCUCUGUCCUGUCCCGUCUCUGUCCCGUCUCUGUCUCUGUCCCAUCUCUGUCUCUGUCCCUUCUCUGUCCUGUCUCUAUCUCUGUCCUCUCUCUGUCUCUGUCCUCUCUCUGUCUCUGUCCUGUCUCUGUCUCUGUCCUGUCUCUGUCUUGUUUCUGUCCUGUCCCUGUCUCUGUCUCUGUCGUGUCUCUGUCCUGUCUCUGUCCUGUGUCUGUCCUGUCUCUGUCCCAUCUCUGUCCUGUCUCUGUCCUGUCUCUGUCUCUGUCCCAUCUCUGUCUCUGUCCCAUCUCUGUUCUGUCUCUGUCCUGUCUCUGUCUCUGUCCCGUCUCUGUCUCUGUCCCUUCUCUGUCCUGUCUCUGUCUCUGUCCUCUCUCUGUCUCUGUCCUCUCUCUGUCUCUGUCCUGUCUCUGUCUCUGUCUCUGUCUCUGUCCUGUCUCUGUCUUGUUUCUGUCCUGUCCCUGUCUCUGUCUCUGUCUCUGCCGUGUCUCUGUCCUGUCUCUGUCCUGUGUCUGUCCUGUCCCUGUCUCUGUCGUGUCUCUGUCCUGUCUCUGUCCUGUGUCUGUCCCUGUCUCCGUCCUGUCUCUGUCCUGUCUCUGUCCUGUGUCUGUCCUGUCCCUGUCUCUGUCGUGUCUCUGUCCUGUAUCUGUCUUUGUCUCUCUAAAAUGGCAUACUGAUCAUGCACUGCUAUUGUUCUCUUACUAUUCAUAUAUUCUAAUUGGUUGUUUUCAU